AAAUAUGGCAACCAAAUAAUGAAAUUGCUCUUCCCAAAACUCCAUCAUCUUGUUCUAUUUUUACAAAUCCAUAUCCAAAUUUAUCUCGCUCACCUACUCCUAACAAUCAAGCAUCGAGUUCAUCAAGUUCUAGCAAUCAAGCAUCGAGUUCAUCAAGUUCUAGCAAUCAAGCAUCGAGUUCAUCAAGUUCUAGCAAUCAAGCAUCAAGUUCAUCAAGUUCUAGCAAUCAAGCAUCAAGUUCAUUUGCUUUUAGUAAUCAAGUAUUAAAUAGCAAUCAAACAUCAAAUUCAUCAAGCAUUCCUAUAAAGAGAGUCAAUUCAUUCACAAAUAAAGAGACACAUCAUACUCCGUAUAUUAGAGUAACAAUACAUUGGCUCUCUGUGGAUUUUGUACUGUAUCAAGCUCUUUUAACAAUUGAAAAACUUCCAUACUCUCAUACAAGUGAUCAUAUUGAAGAUAAUCUUCGAAAUCUAUUUGAACAAUGGGAAAUAUUUCAAAAACUCUUUCUUGCAGUUAAUGAUGGACUUGAGUUAAUAAAGCAUGAACUAAUAAAAAAAGCAAAGAAUUUGAAUAAUUUUCUUGUAAAUUAUGAUAAAUAUCGAGAUAGAUUUAGAAAAAUACAGCAAGAUAUUAUAAAUCGAACAAAUAGUCAAAAUCUUCAAAUCUCACAACACAAACCCCUCGAUCCUAUUGAUCAUCAAGUACGAGUAGAUGAUGGAGUUUUAAAUAAUUUGAUAUUAUCAAAUUAUGAUUGGGAAUGUCUAAAUGAAUUAGUAAUUCUACUUAAGUCUUUUGUUGUUGCAACUACUCUAAUAGGUGAAAGUCAAUAUCCGACACUUUCACAAAUGUUUCCCACUCUUCACAAACUUUCUCGUCACUUAGAUGCAAUGAAUUCAAUAAUUAUUCAUCCAGAAAUCUGGAUAGUUUUGAAAAAAAUACAUGAAUCAUUGACAAAAAGAUGGGAAAAUCCAAAGAUUCUUGAAGACAUAACCAAUACUCCAGAACUCUCCAAUAUUUUAACACAAACUUCUUACCUACAGGAUCAAUUUUUUAUGUCAUUAUUUUAUGAUGAUUUUAAUACUACAACAAUCGCUACUGAAACACCAAUUGAGUCAGAACUUCGUAUUUAUCAAAGCAUGCCAGGACUUCCAAAAUAUGAAGUAACCCAUCCACUAUAUGUAAUUCGUAUAAGUGUUCCUGCUGAGUGUCUUUUUAGUGAUGCUGGUAAUAUUUUAACUGAUAAAAGAAAGCAGCUUGAUCCUACAAAUGUGCAUGACCUUCUUUUUCUUAAAGAAAAUUCAGCUUUUAUGAAU